AUGGCCACAGCCGCUGCGGCCUCCGCCUCCUCCUCGCUCCUCGCGCCGGCCGCCAGCACGGCGCCGGCCGCGCCCAACGCGCUGCUGUUCCCCUCCUCCGUGCCCUCGCUGCGCGCCUACCCGCGGCUGCUCCUCGCGUUCCGCCGCCCCGCGGCCGCCGCCGUCGCCGACCCGCAGGGGGCCGUGCUCGAGGAGGAGGAGGUCGACGCCGACCAGCGCGGCCGGUACGACGACGACGAGGACGACGGGUACGAGGGCGGCCGCGGCCCCGCGUUCACGCCCCCCACGCGGCCGCGCACCGGCAAGGCCGCGCUGCCGCUCAAGCGCGACCGCACGAGGUCGAAGAGGUUCCUCGAGAUUCAGAAGCUGAGGGAGAGCAAGAAGGAGUACGACGUGCCCACCGCCAUCUCGCUGAUGAAGCAGAUGGCCAGCGCGAAAUUUAAAGAGUCGGCGGAGGCGCACUUCCGCAUGAACCUCGACCCCAAGUACAACGAUCAGCAGCUCCGCGCCACGGUGAAUUUGCCCAAGGGAACAGGCCAGUCGGUGAAGAUUGCGGUCCUCACACAAGGUGAGAAGAUAGAUGAAGCUAGAGCUGCAGGAGCUGAUAUAGUUGGUGGAGAUGACUUGAUUGAACAAAUAAAAGGAGGAUUUAUGGAGUUUGACAAAUUGAUUGCAUCACCUGAUAUGAUGCCUAAGGUUGCCGGCUUGGGUAAGAUUCUAGGACCAAGAGGACUGAUGCCUAACCCAAAAGCUGGCACUGUUUCUCCAAACAUUACUCAGGCUAUCGAAGAGUUCAAGAAGGGGAAAGUCGAAUACAGAGUUGACAAAACAGGAAUUGUCCAUAUUCCGUUCGGCAAGGUUGAUUUUCCUGAAGAAGAUCUUAUCGCUAACUUCAUGGCUGUUGUGCGCUCUGUUGAGAGGAACAAGCCAUCUGGUGCUAAGGGGAUAUACUGGAAAACAGCAUACUUGUGCUCAUCCAUGGGACCUUCAAUCAAGCUAAACAUAAAAGAAAUGCUUGACUAUGGCUCAGAAUCAUCUUAGAUGUCACCACACGGACCAGUUAAGUCAUCUGGCAUUUGGGACCACCUCCACAGUUUUAACCAUCCGUCCCUGCUACAGAUGAGCACAGAAACAAUGGUUGGGGGGGUAUGAUGGCAGGGAGGUGGUUAGGUACAGUUUUCUUCAGUUUAGCGGGCACCCAUCAUCAGAGCAGUUAAACUAUGCCCAGAUUGACAAAGAGGUGAUCUCGUUGAUCAUGUAUUUAUGAGCAAAUCAUGCUUGGAUUCAUAGAUGCCUUUCUCUGAGAUGUUUGUUGUAAUCUUCAAUAUUUUGUCAAUAGUUGUCCUUUUUUUGAGAUUACCAAUA